GCUUAGCUCGGCUGUUUUUCCGGUAACAGCCGGAAGUGGUAGCAGGAGGUUUGUGGAGUGCGGACAUUUGGUAGGUGAUAUGGGAGCUCACCUGGUCAGACGGUAUGUCACCGAGACGGACACCGAACCGGACCCAGCGAAGAAAUUCGAGUUCGACCCGCAGUUCGGCUUUGCAGAGAGGAAAGAGAGAGAGAUGAUAGCAACCCAGGAGCAGAUGAACUUGGCCCAACUUCCUUUGGAGCAGAGGGACUACUGUGCCCAUUACCUCCUGAAACUCAUGAAGUGCAAGAGGGAUAACUGGCCCAACUUCCUGGCCUGCAAGCAUGAGAGACAUGACUGGGACUACUGCGAACACCAGGACUAUGUGAUGCGCAUGAAGGAGUAUGAGAGGGAGAGGAGGCUCCAGCUGAGGAAGAAGAGAAUUGAGGCACAGGCUCAUGCUGCAUAAUUAGUUCAUCCUCUGAUUCUACUUCUUUGUAUAUACCUGCUACUGUUCACAUUAAACAAUAUUGUUUAAGCUGUACAGCCCAGAGUCUUGUUAAUAAAAACAAAGAUCGACAGUGAAA